AUGGAUUCCUCGACAACAAUGGAAGAUGGUGAUGUUGGUGUUGCUACGAAGAGCUUUGCGUUGAUCGGAGUCACAUCCUCCUUAUCAGCUGCGGUUGGUGAGAUGGUAGUUGCCGUCAUGUUAGCUGGAAGCGCGGGUGGGUCGAUGACGACGGAGGCUGUGUCACAUGAAAGCGAUGCUGACAACCGGGACUCGAUGCCGCCGGGGUGA